GGCCGCACAGAGCUCGCAGUGCGGCCCGCGCUUCCCGGCGUCGGCACACGGCCGUCCGUGCCCACCGUGCCCGUCCCGCCAUGGCCGCGGCCGCCCUCCUAUCCCGGCCCCGGCCACUGCCCCUGCUCCUGCUGCCGCCGCUGCUGCUGCUGCUGUUGCUGCUGCUGCUGCGCGCGGGCCGGGUGCGCGCUGACAGUAAGGUGUUUGGUGACAUGGACCAGGUGCGAAUGACCUCAGAGGGCUCUGACUGCCGCUGCAAGUGCAUCAUGCGGCCGCUGAGCAAGGACGCGUGCAGCCGGGUGCGCAGCGGGCGGGCGCGGGUGGAGGACUUCUACACUGUGGAGACAGUGAGCUCGGGGACUGACUGCCGCUGCUCUUGCACGGCACCACCCUCCUCACUCAACCCCUGCGAGAACGAGUGGAAGAUGGAGAAGCUCAAGAAGCAGGCACCGGAGCUCCUCAAGCUGCAGUCCAUGGUGGAUCUCCUGGAGGGCACCUUGUACAGCAUGGACCUGAUGAAAGUGCACGCCUAUGUCCACAAGGUGGCCUCCCAGAUGAACACACUGGAAGAGAGCGUCAAGGUGAACCUGAGCCGGGAGAACGAGGUGGUGAAGGAGGGCAUGCGCCAUCUCAGUGAGCAGCUGAAGCGCUAUGAGAAUCACUCAGCCAUCAUGAUGGGCAUCAAGAAGGAGCUCUCCAGCCUGGGCCUCCAGCUGCUGCAGAAGGAUGCGGCCACAGUCCCAGAUGCUGCCCCAGCCCCUGGCCCUGCCAGCAAGGCUCAGGACACAGCUGGAGGGAAAGGCAAAGACAACGACAAAUAUGGCAACAUGCAGAAGAGCUUUGUAGACAAGGGCCUCCCAAAACCUCCUAAGGAGAAGCUGCUGAAGGUGGAGAAGCUGAGGAAGGAGGGCGGCAAGGGCAGAUUCCCCCAGCCCACAGCCAAGCCCCGGGCCCUGGCCCAGCAGCAGGCUGUGAUCCGAGGCAUCACCUACUACAAGGCAGGCAGGAAGGAGGCGGCCGAGGCCGUGGCCGACAACGCGCUCAGGGGCACUUCCUGGCUGGAACAACCGCCGCCCAGGGCUGAGGACAGGCCAGCAGAGCCCAACUCAGCAGAACAAGACGAGGCUGGGCCCAGGGCCUCGGAGGGAGCGGACUUGGCCUCCGGCACCCCCAGCGCGGACCCUACUGUCACCCCCACCCCAACCCUCACCACCCGUCCCGUGCCCACCGAGCCACCUUCACGCCCAGACGUCCCCAACCCAGGCAGGGAGAUGAGCUGCGAGGGCACCCUCCGGGCUGUGGACCCCCCUGUGAGGCACCACAGCUACGGGCGCCACGAGGGAGCGUGGAUGAAGGACCCUGCUGCGAAGGAUGACAGGAUCUAUGUCACCAACUACUACUACGGGAACAGCCUGGUGGAGUUCCGCAACCUGGAAAACUUCAAGCAAGGCCGCUGGAGUAACAUGUACAAGCUGCCCUAUAACUGGAUCGGCACGGGCCACGUGGUGUACCAGGGCGCCUUCUACUACAACCGCGCCUUCACCAAGAACAUCAUCAAGUACGACCUGAGGCAGCGCUUCGUGGCCUCCUGGGCGCUGCUGCCCGACGUGGUGUACGAGGACACCACGCCCUGGAAGUGGCGCGGCCACUCGGACAUCGACUUCGCGGUGGACGAGAGCGGCCUGUGGGUCAUCUACCCCGCGGCGGAUGACCGCGAUGAGGCCCAGCCCGAGGUGAUCGUGCUGAGCCGCCUGGACCCCGGCGACCUCUCCAUGCACCGCGAGACCACGUGGAAGACGCGGCUGCGGCGGAACUCCUACGGGAACUGCUUCCUGGUGUGCGGCAUCCUGUACGCCGUGGACACGUACAAUCAGCAGGAGGGUGAGGUGGCCUACGCCUUCGACACGCACACGGGCACCGACGCGCGCCCGCAGCUGCCCUUCCUCAAUAAGCACGCCUACACCACCCAGAUCGACUACAACCCCAAGGAGCGGGUGCUGUACGCCUGGGACAACGGCCACCAGCUCACCUACACCCUGCACUUCGUGGUCUGAGCAUGGACCUGUGCUCCCAGGAGAGGAGGGGCAGUGGGCAUGGGGGCUCCCCACAGCAACUCCCGCAAGGGUUAGGUUUUCAGGGGGCCAGGUCCCAGGGCAUGCGGCGCAGCCAGGAUAAAGCUCCCUUGGCACCCAGUGGAUUAGUAAUCCCUUCCACUUGCAGAGCACCUGCGAGAGCUUUACAUGCACUCAAUCCCUCUUGGUCCCCCCACCGCACCCUCGGAGGUAGAGAUGAUUAAGCCCAUUUAAUAGAUGAGGACACUGAGGCUCAGAGAGACAGUUCCCUUGCCUAAAUAGCUGCUUUGGAUCAGGCAGGCCAUGCUUUACAGAUGAGGAGACCUGACCACUCUCCCCUACACCUCCAGGCCUCUCCCUACUCCUGUAAUUUCUCUUGGUCUCUCAACUCUGUCUCCCUUCCUGGGGCCACUCAAAACCAGAGGCCUCUGGGACCCAUGCACUAGUGCUGGUUGUAGGCUCUGCUCCAUAUACCACCACAGGCCCCGGUUCUGGCCGAACUGGUGGUGGCCCUGGGCCUUAGGCCCCUCGACUAAUACUCCUGCUCCUUGCCUCUGGCCACCUCCCCCCCCUCCCCCCCCCCCCCCCCCCCCCCCCCCCCCCCCCCCGCCCUCCACCUCACCCUCUGUCCAACCACAUUCCAAACCUCCAUGGUCACCCAGCCACUGAGCAGAAACCACACCCCGAGGAAAAAUACCAGCCCCUGUUCCAAGCUCCCCCUCCCUCUGUACUCAUUUUUAUUUUCUCUUAUUCCUCCUCAGUGCCGUCAUCUGUUUCUGCAGCAGCAGCUGAGGAGGCUGCAGGCAGCUGUCUGCCAGCCCGGUCUCUACCAGGGUGGGCAGCUGGGCCAGGCCCUGAGGCUCCCUCUCCUCCUAGAACGGCUGGCUUUGGCCACAUACCACAGGCUAUGGGACCUCUCCUCCGUCCUUCCCAGAGCCUUUGGGCCUGUGGUCCAUGUUGUCCUUUCUCUCUGGACCUUUGAACCCACAACCUAUAUGCACUCAGGGAUACCUCCAGGACUGCCAUGAGCAAGACCCUAGGACCCAAGGCUGGGGUGGUAGCAGGAUGAAACAGAUUCCCUCUUCCGUGUCAGUCCUGACCUGAUCAUUUAGUGGAAUGGCCCCCAGCGGGAGUGGGGAGGGGGCCCUAGGGGAGGCUGAGAUCGGAGCAUCUGGGUCCAGGGGAGGCAUUGGACUUUACGGUUGCAUGGAAGUGCUAAAGGGUGAAAGCUGGGAGGGAAGGAGAAGGCGGUCUGUGGACGGGGCUUUUCCUACCUUCAGAAUCUUGCUGCCAGGGUUGCCCUUAAGCCCAGGACUCAAGGCCAAGGAUGCACAGGUGGGCCAUCUCUCCUGCUGCUGCUGGUGGCUUCCCUGAGCCUCAGACCCAGACAGCCCACAGGACAAGACCUUCAAGCCUGCCCUUCAUCUGCCUUAGGAAGUAUUUUUAGAGCUAGGCAGAAGUUCACCAGUCCAACUCCCUGUUUCACCAAAGGAGACAUAUGCCCCAGUGAGGUUUAGAGAGUGGCUCAGGGCCACACUGGGGAACAGGUCAUAGCUGAUCUUCCAGAAGGGCUUUGUCUAUAUCCCUUAUUCUCCCGGCUUGGAGGCAGCUCCUCCUGGGAAGGCCAUAGACGACCGACCAGGCACCCAACCCAUCCCAACACCUUUAAAGAGUAUUUACUGCUGACCCCUGCACCGCCCUUGAUCCUGCUCCCCUCAUUCUGUCCCUAUGCCAGCUCCUGAAAUAUCUGUAUAGUUGAAUGCCCAGCCGCCAUGUUAGAAAAUUCAGCUGCAUACCCAAAACUGUAAGGAAAUGCAUUUUGUGCAGAAGACAUUUCUGUCAGGCAUUGCCAGGUGAUGUUUUGUUUCAGCUGUAACUCACCCCUCAAACAAAGGGGGAUGAUGGUAGCCAGCCAAGCAGGGCCUGACUCACAGUGGUGGCCACACCCAGCCUCCCCCCCACCCAGCCGUCGGCAGGCUGUGCUCAACAGUCUCUUCAGGGGGCUGCGUUUCCCUUGGCCCUGGGUGUGGGUUUUACAAGACUGUGUCUUUCAUGACCUCACAGCCUAACCAUGUGAGAAGUGUUCAGACUCCUCUUGCUCAUUAAUCUGAGAAAAAGGAAAGUUACAAAGGACUGGUUUGGGAAAAUUAAAAGACAAGCAAGAUUGUUUUCUGGGGGAGAUGAUGCUGGCUGCCGCCUCCAAACACUCACUAAGCCCCUUCUGUUCUCAGUCCUUUGUGUGGGGGUUAGGUGGUAGAUAAGGGUUCUUUUCCUCACUUUACAGAUAGUCAGACUAGAACCCAGACGAGUCACUUGUGGUACAAGCAGUUAAGUGGAGCCGGGUCUCAAAAUCAGGUCAUGUAACCAUCACCACUCACUGAGGAUCAAGAGUACCAGGCAUGCCAUGCCUUCCCACAGGGGAAGGUAUAUACUCAGAACGUGCCCACUUUACAGAUGAGGUGAAGGGACUUACCCAAGGUCACACAGCAGCUUAGCCUGCAGCAGUUUGGGGUUCCAGAGCUGAUCAGUACAUGCUGUUUGCCAACUGCUUGACACUCUAGGGGCAGCUCCAGAAGUGGCUGGCGGCUUUUAUUCUGUGUGCCCGGGCCACAAACUGCAUCCACAUAGGAGACCCAAGAAGGAGACCCAAGAAGGAGGAUGGGGUCAGCUUGUAAAGAACCUUGAAUGCCAGGGACUGUCUCCAAUCACAUUUGGAACAGAUCAUAUAUAAAUCAACAGAGAAAAGAAAAUUCUAAGACAACUGGAAUUGUUCGGCUGCUGAUGGGAGGCAGGGACAGGUUUUCGUUGUGGGCUUUAUUACAUUUGGCAACAGGUACUUCAAACAGGAGAGGUCAUGGACUGGGGAGGGCCCGUGUUUCUUACUGACCUUGGCUACGAAGGCAAAGGAAGCUGUCUCCGGUGUUCUGACCCCAUGAAGGGGCUUUGGCUGCUGCCUUUGACUCCCCCACUAGAGAUUUCUGGGCCUUAACAUUUAAUCUGCUCUGUCUAUGGAGGAGAGAAGGGGGCCACUGCCUCCUGGGGGCAGCCCUGAAAGUGAGGCUGGGGAUGUCCUGGGAGUGACUUGAGUGUUCCGGAAAGCACAUGUGUUCCAAAGCAUUCUCCCCCUGGCAGCACUGGAGACCACACUGGUCCAGGAACACACAGCACCAGAGAAGGCUGUCAGGGAGCCUGGGUAGGAGUCAGGGAGGCCUGGGUUAGGAUCUGGCUCUGGCUCUGCCUCUUAUAUGCUGCAUGCUUGGGCAGGGUAGGGACUGACAGGGGACAGAUGUCAACUCCCUUUUAUGGCUGAAAACUUGCAGCUUAGUGGGGCCUAAGGGUGGCUGAGGACCCAAGCAGCCCUCUCCUAGAGCUAGAAGGCACCCUGACACACAUCCCUGAUGUAUCUAGGAACCCCCAAGGUUGGCAUUGCUUUUCCCCUUACAGGUGAUGAACCUCAAGUUCAGAAAAGUUAAGCAACCUUCUCAGGGCCGUGAAUCUUUAAGUAGUAGAGUCAAGAUUUGCACCAGGUCUGUUUUAUACCAAAGUCCCAAACUAACUGUUAGGAAAUCUU